CAAAGCAGUUCAAACACUGCUUUUACUUGCAGUCACUUGUCGAAAUUUCAAAGCAUUGCAUUCUGUCAAAUGUCAACUACAUGCAUUGCUGACUAGCCUGGCUUCUUCAAAGCUCAAAUUGAGAAGCUGUCAGCUAGAAUAUCAUAUCAUAUCAGUGGCUGCACACCACUGUUCCUUCGCAAGCCAAGAGUUUUGUUCCAAAUCUUGAAUCUUUAUCACCAUGGUGGCUAAGAGCAGUAGCCUCUUUGUUUUAUUGGUUACUGUGCUAAGCUGCAGCUUCAGCUUGGUGAGGUUUGCAGAGUCCAAGGUGCCCCAAGAUGAAAUUGAUGCUCUCCAAGAAAUAACUAGUACGAUGGGUGCGAAGUUUUGGAAGUUUAAUGGUGAUUCUUGCAAAAUUGAAAUGGUUGGGGUAACAGCAGAUCCGCCAAAAGGAUCUGAGACUGGCAUAAGUUGUGACUGCAACAGCACUGUCUGUCACGUCGUAACGUUAGCUCUCAAGGGUUACAGUCUACCUGGCAUGCUUCCACCUCAACUGGUCAAACUUCCUUACCUUAAAGAAAUUGAUUUGUCUCUCAAUUAUCUUAAUGGUACAAUACCAGGAGAAUGGGGUGCAAUGCAAUUAACAAAAAUCUCUCUUCUUGUAAAUCGCUUAUCAGGGGAGAUUCCAAAGGAGUUGGGAAAUAUUACUACUCUCACAUACCUGACUCUUGAAGCAAAUCAGUUCUCUGGGAUUGUUCCUCCUGAGCUUGGGAAUUUAAUCAACUUGGGAACUCUGAUGUUGUCCUCCAAUCGUUUGACGGGAAAGUUACCAGUGGCAUUGGCUAGGCUAAGAAAUUUAACAGACUUUAGAAUAAACGAUAAUAACUUCAAUGGAACGAUACCUGAUUUCAUACAGAAUUGGGAAAAACUUGAGAGAUUAGAAAUGCAUGCAAGUGGGCUUCAGGGACCCAUCCCCUCCAACAUAUCUCUUUUGAAUAAUUUACAAGAGUUGAGGAUUAGCGAUAUAAAGGGGCCACAGCAAGGUUUUCCUACGUUGACAAACAUGACAGGCCUAGUGAGAUUGGUUCUCAGAAACUGCAACAUUUCUGGGGAGAUUCCUCCAUACAUCUGGACGGUACAAAACCUGGAAAUGUUGGAUGUCAGUUUUAACAAGUUAGUAGGGGAAGUUCCAGACACUAUAAACUUAGAGCGUUUGAGAUUCCUGAUUUUAACUGGAAACUCUCUGAGUGGAAGUGUACCUGGCUCAAUCUUCAAGGAUGGAAGUAAUGUUGAUCUUUCAUACAAUAACUUUACAUGGCAAGGCCCUGAGCAACGUACUUGUCAGGACAACAUCAAUCUAAACCUGAACUUGUUUCGAAGCUCUUCAACAGAGAACAACUUAAGGAGAGGUCUUCCAUGCUUGAAGGAUCUCAACUGCCCACGCUAUUCAACUUGUUUACAUGUUAAUUGUGGUGGAAAUGAUGUCACCAUCAAAGAAAAUAAAGGAAACGUUGUGUAUGAAGGAGACGGAGGAGUUGAAGGUGGCGCUGCAGAGUAUUUCUUAAACGGUGAUUAUUUUUGGGGAUUUAGUAGCACUGGAGACUUCAUGGAUGACAACGAUUACCAAAAUACACGUUACUCUGUAUCUCUGGCAUCUUCAAAUCUCUCUGAUUUAUACACGACAGCACGCAGAUCCCCAAUUUCAAUCACAUAUUUCCAUUAUUGCUUAGAAAAUGGUGAUUAUACUGUAAGUGUUCACUUUGCGGAGAUACAGUUUACAAAUGACCAAACAUAUACGAGUCUUGGCAGACGUGUAUUUGAUAUCUAUGUUCAGGAAGAAGUAUUGCGAAAGGAUUUCAAUAUUGAAGAUGAGGCAAAGAUGGCUCAAAAGCCUGUAAUACUAGAACAUAAUGUCAGUGUAACAAAUAAUAUCUUAGAGAUCCGAUUCUAUUUUGCUGGUAAAGGGACAACAAGAAUCCCUGACAGAGGAGUCUAUGGUCCCCUUAUCUCUGCUAUUUCUGUGAAAUCUGAUUCCAAAGAUUGCUCAAAUGGUGAAAGCAAGGGAACUGCUCACAUUGUUGCUGGAGCUGUAGUAGGAGCAUUUGGCCUAGUGUUUGUUAUAUUAGGAAUCCUUUGGUGGAAAGGAUACAUGCCAGGCAAAAGGGGGAGAAAGAAAGAUAGAGGACUUGAUGGGCAGACAGGGACUUUUACCUUAAAACAAUUAAAAGCUGCCACUAAUGACUUCGAUUCUGCUAACAAAAUCGGAGAAGGUGGUUUUGGUCCUGUGUACAAGGGUCAAUUGCCUGAUGGUACAGUGAUAGCCGUUAAGCAGCUUUCAUCUAAGUCAAGGCAGGGAAAUCGUGAAUUCUUAAAUGAGAUGGGCAUGAUUUCUUGUUUCCAGCACCCAAAUCUUGUGAAGCUUCAUGGAUGUUGUAUUGAUGGAGGUCAGCUAUUGCUGGUCUAUGAGUACAUGGAAAACAAUAACCUUGCACGAGCAUUGCUUGGUAGAGAAAAUCAUCUUAAACUGGACUGGCCAACAAGGCGUAAUAUAUGUAUUGGGAUAGCAAGAGGACUAGCUUUUCUCCAUGAAGAAUCUGUACUUAAAAUUGUUCACCGAGACAUCAAAGCUACUAAUGUGCUGCUUGAUCGGGACUUGAACGCCAAAAUAUCUGACUUUGGAUUAGCAAAGCUUGAUGAAGAGGAGAAGACGCACAUGAGCACCCGAGUUGCUGGGACAAUAGGAUACAUGGCACCAGAAUAUGCAUUAUGGGGUCACCUGACGUACAAAGCAGAUGUUUACAGUUUUGGAGUAGUGGCCUUGGAAAUUAUUAGUGGGAAGAACAACAAUAAUUAUAUCCCAAGUGAUGACUGGGUUUGCCUUUUAGAUUGGGCUUGUCAUUUGCAACAAACUGGAAACUUGUUGGAGCUAGUUGAUGAGAAGUUAGGGUCUGAGUUUGACCAAAAAGAAGCAGAGAUCAUGGUUAAAGUGGCUCUGAUUUGUACAAAUGCCUCUGCAUCACUUAGGCCUAGCAUGUCCGAGGUGGUGAGCAUGCUUGAAGGACAAACCCCUGUUCCUGACGUGAUCCCAGAACCAAGUACCUAUAUAGAAGAUUUGAGGUUCAAGGCCAUGAGAGACCUCCACCGGCAGAGGCAAGAUCAUAGUUUAAGUAUCAGUCGAACACAGCAUUCAACUACGGUCCACACAUUCGAGUCUACCUCUACGUCCGGCCUUGAAUUCUCUGAAAUCAAUCCAGACUCAACACCCUCUUGACAGUUGUGGACAUUCUGGUUAUAUAGUAGCACGUAUGUUGUUUGUAGUCUUCGGAAACGCAUAUGCAGAUUAGCUGUGUCCAUAUUUUCUUUUCUGUACAUAUUUUGUUCAAUUUUCUAUUAGCUUUAUUCGUUCCAUGUUUAUAUCUGCAAACAACAAUAAUAACAAUAUAAAUAUUAUUCAAUUGAAGAUUCAAUUUAAUUCGUUCA